AUGGAACAGGUUCAAGCAACAGAGCACAAAACGGUACCAGUGCAAAUAACGGUUCUUCAGGGGAACAACUUGAAGGGCAGUAAAGGCAAGUCCUUUCUCAGCUUUGUGCGGGCCGAGUUCAACGGCGCAGUGCUGGGAGAGUCCCAGAAGGUGGAGGCGCUUCCAGACCAGCGCGUGGAGUACAGCUUCACCUGCAGCUUUGACUGCUGGUCCGGAGCACACACGCCAGACGACAUGGCACACAAACCCCUCAUCCUGACUGUGAUCGAGAUCCUGCCCAAAGAGAAGAAGCAGAAGGAGGAGAGGACUGUUGUCCUGGGACAGGCCGUGGUCGACCUGCUGCCGCUUUUACACGGUCAGCGCACCAUCACCUCCACAGCACUCCUACAUAUGACCCCCGAAUCGCCUGGAGAGACUCCCCCACAAGAGGACAGCAGCAGGCCCGCCCUGGAAGUGACCAUCUGCGUUCCCGAUGCGCUGCUGUCCGACGCCCAGCUCGCCCAGUCCAAUCUGCUCAGGGUGGCCGUGGAGACCGCGUACUCCGUCCCCGAAGCCUGGAGCACGGGCACUGGCCCCCCCUUCAGCUACGUGGCCGCGCUGCCUAUGCCGCUCUCCACCCAGAAAGAGCAGGUGCUGUUGUUCUCAAACGGAUUGCUGAAAGCUGGGGGGGAGAGGGAGCCUGUCCCCAGACCCAAAAAAUGGCCCCAGGGUCAUCUGCUGGCCCCUGGGGCCCAGUUUAUGCCGGGAGCCUCCAUAGAGGGGGAACCAAUCGAGAUGGAGGAUGGAGACCUGACCGGCAUGGAGGACAGGGAGUUCCGCUCGGAGGCAGAGACCAACGGGAGGAGGGUGAGCUGGGACACAGAGAGACGCUGUUUCAUGGAACCAGAGGCGCUGGCCGGCCUGGCCCAGCGGAUCAUGGACUGUAGGUAUUGGCCGGUGGAGGUCAUGAGGUCAGUCCAGGGCGGAGCCACAAAGGGCGGGAAGGCCGGAAAGGACAAGGCGGGCGAGGAGGAGGCGCCGAUUUCGUUCCACGGGGUGGCCUACGUGGACCUGGGGCCUCUGCUGUACCCGGGGGCCAAGCGGAUCCGCGGGGCGUACCUGCUGCGCCCCUUCUAUGAGGCCGACGUGCAGGCCAAGACGAAGCGCAGCGGCAGCGUUCUGAGGGAGAGCAUGCGGGCGCCGCCGGCUCAGCUCAGGGGCCGGGUGCCCUCCGCCAUGGGCUCCGCCCAGUGGAGGCCGACCGCCGGGAAGAUCCCAGACCCACACAAGGGCCCCAAGGAAGGACCGAAGGACCCCCCCAAAAAACCAGCUGCACAGGGAAAGCCAGCGCCUGCUGAGAACUCCACAGAGGUGGACACGCCAAUGAAUGUGGAAGGACAGAUGUAUGAGGAGGCCAGGACCUACAUUGUGAUUGAAAUUGCUUUAGAAAAACCCCUGGUGCCGAAGAGACCCCCAGAGGAACUGGCAAAAAGAGUGAUGGAGCUGAUUCCUCCCAGACCUCCCCUUCCUCGCCUACCUGCUGGAGCAGAGAGGGCAGUGCAGGAGUACCAUGCCCAGGUCUCCAGCGUGGUGGGCCAGGUUCUGGAGCAGUACCAGCAGCUGUUUGGAGCGGCCCUGGUUCCGGGGGGCACACUGGACCCCACCACCCAGGAACAGCGCAAGUCCCAGCUCCUCGGGGAACUCAACUACUCGGGGAAGUACUUCGCCUUCAAGGAGCAGAUGAAGCACUCAGUGGUUCGCAUCGUGCGUGAGAAGAUGCUGCGGACUGAGGCCUUUUCUGACCAGGAGCGGCUGCAGGCCUUCCUGAGCCAGCUGUACGUCUUCCUGGUGGACGAGAUGCACGUGGCCCUCAACAAGACGCUAUCAGUGGACGGCCAGGAGACUCAGCAGCACCCCCUGCUGGACAGCGCUCAGCUCAAACACUUUGCCAGGGAGGCCCAUCUGAAUGAGGACUACCAGCUGGCAGCCCAUUACUACCAGGAGAGGCUGGCCCGGGAUCGCCAAGACCCCGCCCACUGGUUUGAUUACGGAGCGUUCUACAUGUUAACGGGAGACCACCUGAAGGCGCAGGAGUGCUUUCAACAGGCCGUCUCUGUGGACCAGUCACACCUGCCCAGCCUGCUGCUGUGUGGGAUCCUGGCGGAGAUGGGCGAGAGGUUCGAGGAGGCGGAGACCUUCCUGGAGAGGGCGACCAGUGUGGACCCAACCAGUGUGGUGGCCUGGACCGUGUUUGGCCUGUUCUACGUGGGGCGGGAGAACCACAUCCAGGCGGAGAUGGCCUUCCUAGAGGCCACCCGGCAGCUGAGGGCAGCCCUGGGCAGCACCCUGCUGCCCGGGGACGAGGCGAAGGAAGAGGGGCUGGGGGGCAGGUCUUCCAGUAUCAGUUGCUCCCCCGUCAACAAGACUGAUGCUGAGGAGGACAGGGACAGUGUGGCGAGCGGGUCUCAGGUCAGCCAGGAGAGCGGAGGUGGAGGAGGAGAGGAGGAGGCCUCAAACGGUGAACCUGUGACCCCACAGUCCCCUCAGUCCCCUCCCAGGCUCAAAACCACCAUCUACAGGGAGACUGUGCAGUUUCUCCUGGAGAACAAUGCCGUGAAGAUGGCAGAGAGAGCUCUGGCACAGGAGCUGCUGUUUCCAGAAGGGGGUUUGAGCAGCUCUUACUACCUGGCACUGGCCAGACUGCAGCUUCAGUGCGGAGAGUUCAGCAGCGCCGAGGCCAGCCUGAAGGAGGCGCUCGAUGGCAGCAUUCAGAACCCAGACGCUUGGGCGUUGACUGGCCACCUGCACUACAUGUUGGGGAGCUACAGCAAAGCGCAGACGUGUUAUGAGAGGACCCUGGACUUUGUGACCGACGCCUCUGACACACACCCCAUCUACCUGCGUCUGGCCCACAUCUACCUGCAGGAGGAACAGUUUGAGAAAGCCAAACACACCUACCUGCGUGCCUGCAGGAGUUCCCCGUCCUGCCUCACCUGGUUAGGUGUGGGGAUUGCCUGCUACCGGCUAGGGGAUCUGACUGAGGCAGAAGACGCCCUCACAGAAGCCAACGUGCUGAACAAUGCCAACCCGGAGGUGUGGGGAUACCUAUCCCUGGUCUGUCUGAGGACUGGCAGAAGGCUGGAGGCAGAGCAGUCCUAUAAAUAUGCAAUAAAGUUGGACCUUCAAAAAGAGCCGCUGCUACGAGAGAUUAAAGAGCUGCAGGCUCAGGUUGGGUUUGGAAACCCGGCCUUCUGAGUCAGAACAAGCAAUGUGAAGCAGCAGGCCUGGACACAGAAGAACACCUCAGUGCAGACUCUCUGGGUUGGCUGGAUUCUGUCUUGAA